AUAUGGAUGAGUGUGUGCAGGCUCCUAAGCCGUGUAACUUCAUCUGUAAGGACACAGAGGGAAGCUACCUCUGUUCCUGUCCCCGAGGAUACAUACUACAGGAGGACGGCAAGAGCUGUCGAGAUCUGGAUGAGUGUCAGAGCAAACAGCACAACUGUCAGUUCCUGUGUGUGAACACCAUUGGAGGAUUCACCUGCAAAUGUCCUCCAGGCUUCACCCAGCACCAUACUGCCUGCAUAGAUAUGGAUGAGUGUGAUGGUAACCAUCGUUGUCAACAUGGCUGUCAGAACCUGGUGGGAGGGGGGUGUAGUGACAUCAACGAGUGCUCCUCGUCCUCUAAUCCAUGUAACUACGGCUGUUCCAACACAGACGGAGGGUAUCUCUGUGGCUGUCCGCCUGGAUACUAUCGCGCUGGACAGGGGCACUGUGUGUCAGGUGUGGGCUUUGGUAGCGGUGUGAGUCUGGGCCAGGGAGGAGGAGGAGGAGGAGGAGGAGGAGGAGGAGGAGGAGGAGCAGAGGGGGGUGACAACGAUCUGUCUCCUGAGGCCUGCUACGAGUGUAAGAUCAACGGUUACCCCAAGAAGGGGCGUAAACGCCGCGACACCAACUCAACGCUAGAGCAACCUCUGGACGAUGCACAGGAUCAGGAGACAGUGAGCCUGGAGAGUGUGGACAUCGAGGACACCCUGCUGUUUAACCUGAACAUGUCUGACCUGUCCAGCCGAGACCACAUCCUGGAGUUCACCCCGGCCCUGUCCACGCUCAACAACCACGUGCGCUACUCCAUUGACUACGGCAACGAGCUGGGCUACUUCAAGAUCAGCCAGAGGGAGGGGCUUAGCUACCUGCACAUGUCCAAGAGGAAGUCCCUCCCCCCUGGAGCCUACUUCCUGCAGAUCAGCAGCGUGGCCGUGUACAGGAAGAAGGAGCUGGCAGCGCUGGAGGACAGCAACGAUAAAGACUACCUCACAGGCCAGCUGGGAGACACACUCACCAUGAGGGUGCAGAUAGUCCUGCAUUAACCUGCACUACAGGACUGACUGGGGUGGCUGGGCUGGGCUGG